GACGACGCCGACGCCGCUCAAGUUAUCCGGCUGAUCCUCUCACUGCCAUCUUGACCACGAUAACAUGUCUCGAUUCUUUAGACAAGCUGAUGACUCCGACUCCGAUACCGAGGAGUCUGAGGAGGAGCUCAUGACUAGCGACGACGAUGCCGCUCCUACAAAAGCGGCACCCGCCGCAAAACCAGCGAUGUCUCGAUUCUUAAAGACAGCUGCAGGAUCGGAGUCCUCCAGCUCAUCGUCGGAGGAGGACAGCGAUGAGGAUAGUGACGAGGACGAGAGUGAUGAGGAUGUGAAGAAGGUGAUCAAGAGUGCUAAGGAUAAGCGCUUGGACGAGAUGGAGGCCACGGGAAAGACUAUGAAUAACGCUUUGAAGAUCGACGAUUGGGUCGCUGUGUCGAAUGCGUUCGACAAACUCGUCCGCAUGGUCCAGCGUCAACAAAAUAUGGCGCAGCCCGUACCGCCCUUUUACAUUCGCACUUUGACCUCGAUGGAGUCGUCUUUGAAUGCUGCCGUUGCGAACGAGAAGGGAGCCAAGAAGUUGAACGCUAGCAAUGCUCGUGCUCUCACAGCUAUGAAGCAGAAGGUGAAAAAAGCCAUCAAGGAGCACGAUAAAGAAAUCAAGCAGUACCAAGCGGAUCCAGAAGCAUUCGAGCGCAGCUAUACCGCUGCCUCUGCGCCAGUACAAGAGAUAGCUCCCCCUAAGGCCAAAAAACCGAAAAAGCUUGAUGAAGACGAUCUUGACGACGAUUUUACCCAGGUCGGCAAGGGCGGAAAAACUGUGCAAUAUACUGCUGAAGGGAUCUUUAAAAAUCUUGCCUCUGUUCAGGAGGCGCGCGGAAAGAAAAAUACAGAUCGUGUGAAUCAAAUCCGGAUUUUGGAGAGUCUGCUGGGGGUCGCUGUUACUUCCUAUCAGCGUAUCCGUGUCCUUUUAGGCUUGAUAUCCGCCCGAUUCGACUAUAACUCAUCAGUCACAUCAUAUAUGCCUACCGAACUCUGGCUUUCGGCACAGCGCGAAAUCGAUUUGCUUGUUUCCAUCGUCACCACGGAGCCAUCAUACUCUGUGCAGGAAAUAACAGAGGACUACGAUGAGCUUUUGGAUCGCUCGCCCGCUACAGAGAAGGACGGCGUCGUGCGAAUCCGAGGGAGCAUCAUCAGCUUUGUCGACCGCUUGGACGACGAGUUCACCAAGAGCCUGCAGCAUUUCGAUCCUCACGGCACAGAAUACGUCGACCGACUUAAGGACGAGAAGGGCCUGUACUGUACAAUCUGCCGGGCUCAAGCACUUUACGAAUCUACACAACAGUUGGAGCCUCUUGCGCGUGUAAUCAUGCGGAGAUUGGAACACAUCUACUCGAAGCCUGACGCGGUGUUGAACGCUCUCGAGUCAGCAGUCGCUGCGUCAGAUCUGAAACCAACCUUGAUCCUCAGCUCUCAGACUGGCCCUGCCGCCCUCAUCCACUCUCUCUGUGUACAUCUAUAUCAAUCCGGCAACACUAUCCUCCGGACGCGUGCCAUGCUCAGCCACAUAUAUCAUCAUGCCCUGCAGAACGACUUCUACACCGCCCGCGACAUGCUGCUCAUGUCACAUUUGCAAGAAACAAUAUAUUCAGCUGAUGUCGCCACUCAGAUCUUGUAUAACCGUGGUGUGGUGCAAUUGGGUCUCUGUGCCUUCCGGUGCGGCUUGAUCAAGGAGGCUCAGGCCACAUUGCAAGACAUUUUCACAACACAGCGGGUAAAGGAGCUUCUGGCGCAGGGUGUACAUCAGCAGCGGUUCCAGACUUUGACACCCGAGCAGGAGAAGGCAGAGAAGCAGAGACAGCUGCCAUUCCACAUGCACAUCAACACCGAACUCCUCGAGGCGGCGUUCUUAGUCUCGAGCAUGCUUGUCGAGAUCCCCAUGCUUGCGAGCAUCGAGUCUGAGGAGCAGAAGCGGAAGGUUAUCUCAAAACCCUUCCGUCGCUUGUUGGACUUUGCAGACCGACAGAUCUUCACUGGCCCUCCUGAGAGCACAAGAGAUCACAUCAUGCAGGCCAGCAAGGCGCUACAGAACGGCCAGUGGGAGCUCUGCCGCGACCUGGUCCAAGGCAUCAAAAUUUGGGGUCUUAUGCCUGAGGCUGAUUCUGUCAAGGAAAUGUUGGCCAAGCGCAUACAGGAGGAAGGUCUGCGUACUUAUCUCUUCACCUACGCACCCCACUACAAGACCCUCUCACUCUCCCUCCUCUCCCGCACGUUCUCCCUUCCUUUGCGCACUGUCACGUCUAUCGUUUCGAAAAUGAUUUGGAACGAGGAGCUUCCAGCAUCCUUAGAUCAAGCCGCUGGUGUAGUUGUUUUCAACCGUGUCGAGAUUACACGGCCACAACAGCUCGCACAGAUGAUCGCGGAGAAGGUCGGUAACAUGGUCGAGCAGAACGAAAAGACGCUAGACUUUAGAUUGGGUGGGACUACAGGAUGGGGAGACAGAGGCGACGGCGCAAAGGGCGACAAGCGCGGCGAACAAACGCAAGGGGAGAGACGGGGCCGUGGGGAACGGAGAGGCGGUUCGGGCGCUCGUGGUGCUCGUGGUGGACGAGGUGGACGAUUUGCUCAGGGACUGGGGAACCAGAUGCCCGCUUCCCAGAGGGCACGAUGAUUGGAUGAUGUGUUUGACCGAUUGUUUCGUUGGAAGUUUUGCUGCAUUCUGACGAUUCAUGUAUAACGCGGUUAUUUUAUACAUGUUUUUUUCCUCUUCUUUGACCAAUGCAGAAUCCUCAUCGGGUGCUGCAGUCCAAUCAGACACUUCAAGCUUCUCGUUCUUCGAAAGAGAAACCGCUUACCGCCAGCGUCUACUUCGUAGCCUGCCUGGGUUAGACAGCGCACAAGCUCAGCUUUUGCGCCAAUCUUCGUGUCCUUCCCUAGAAUACAUCCGUCGAGUUUAGCCCUUC